AUGGAAUAUUACAGAAAAGUUGUCUACCUGCUAUCUUCAAAAAAGCCGAGACUUCAUUUACCAAUCAAAGUUGUCAAUCUUAGCAUAAUGAUAGGCCCUGACGAUCCAUACAGAGGUAAUAACGGGCCGUUAUACGUGACUCGCGGCCAUGCUGAACAUCCAUUGCAUCAAGCGUUUCUCGAAGCUGGCCGUCAGCAUCCCAUAGGGAACACUGAGGACAUGAACGGCUUCAAGCAAGGAGGUGUUUUACGGAACCAAUGGAUAUGA